AUGGGCCCGACUGUUGGGGACGCUGGGGUCCUGGGUGGAAUCCCUUCCAAGGAUUGGCACAUAGCCAACUCCCCCGACGGCUCCAAUGAAAUCAAGCCGGAUGGUGUAGAGAUGGGAGACAAUGUGCUCAGCGGAGCUGUCAGAUCAGCACGCAUGGGUCCACCCGACUACACAUUUACACAACCAACACCAGAAUUGAUCGAACCACAGUCGAUUACUGAUGCACACGCUAUUCUAUCAACAGCAUCACCCGAUAUGGAACUCGGGAAAUUCUUAGCACAGCGGAAUAAACAAAUAAAACAAUUCGUGCACCGUGAGAAAGUGAAAGAACAAAAGCAGAAGACGCCUAAAGUACAACUCGAUCCAACGAGGGGACUACAACACCUAAACCCCGAUGAACAGCCUGGAAGCGCUACACAUCUACAAUUUAUGGGUGCUGAAACGUCGGUCGAACCUGUGAUGCCUCCGGUUAAACCGAAACGAGUAAGGAAGACAAACCCCAAGACUAAAGCUGCAAAUAUUGAAAAUGGGCCGGUAUUACCACCAGCCCACACAAUGCUAAGCGGUAGUAAUGGGUCGACGGAACCGAAUUCACCAAUAUCGGCGUCGAUGGGAAAUUCGCCAAGCAAGCUUUAUGCUAAUAAUGGCCAACAUGAAGCUGCAAAUGGCAACCAGCAACGGGAACGUCCAUCAGCCCCCACCCCGGCACAUCCGCAAAAUGUUCAGGUCGUCGUUUGCCCUUCGCAACAACGUUCCUCACCAAAGAAUGCAAAACAAACUGCCCCGCUCCCACGUCACCAUAUUGCCCACCAUCAACUUCCGCCUAGCCCCCAGCAUCAGCAGCAACAACAACAGCAUAUGCAGCAGCAUGGCUACCAAAACAGCCAAUCAUUCCAUCAAUCCAUAGCCCAACAACACCAAGCAUACCCUCAUCAACAAUACCAUGAACGCCAAUACCAACAGAAUAUGUCUGGAUACAAUCCGAAUCUGCAGGGGCAAGCUGUCGAAAAUCCCUACCUACCCCAGCCGCAACAGCAAAACGUUCAAUUUCACCGCCAGCCCAGCGAACCACAACCUGCACAAGAGCCGCAGCCCGUUCAAGAACUCACCCGGGAGCAGCAGAGACAACAAGACCUGGAAAACUAUCACCAUCAUUUACAACAACUGGAGCAACAGCGCGCGAUGGAGCAGCGACAGCGUCAACAACAGCAACAGCAACAACAUCAACAACAGCAGCAACAACAGCACAACCAAUUCCACCAAGCCCACCAGCCCUUUGCGCAGCAUCAAAAUGGGCAUCAGCCGGUGCACCAUGCUCAUCCAAAUAAUGGACACUCACAAGAACCGCGACACCCCGACCACAUCCACUAUAGGAUCAACCGCUCUCCACCAAGAAAUCAGAACUUCGAGCAGUCGUCGCAUCCUGAAAACUAUCCGAAAGAGCUGGAACAGAUGCUGCUUGGAGAGGAUGGGCUUUUUGGUGAAUCGAAUCAAAGCCAACGUCAUCGACCAUCGGCGCCGGUUCCGCCGUCACCUAAAGAGGGACGUCGCUUCCGGUUUGAUUCUGGCAGUUCAUCACAGGAUAGCAUUGCGGAAAUUGUUGAGUUGCUCGAGAAAGACACGAUGGGUGACGAGUUUGAUAAGCUCGGCGGAAUCGAACCGUUUUUCUUCAAUAUGCCAGAAGAUGACCAGAAGAUGCAAGACUAUCUAUGCCCACCACCUGGCCAGAAACCGAAGCAGACACAUAAAGAGAAAACGGCCGCGGUGCUAGCCAAAUAUGCUGAAAUUUUGAAAGAAGACGACUUCGAUGAGCUAGACAUUUCCAUCAAUAAUAUCGCAUCCCUCCCCGGCAGCCAGAUAAAGCCGGCUGCCAAGAAAGAAGCUGCCAAGAAAGGCAAAGAAAAACCAUCCAAUUGCCCACCAAAACCUGUGAACGGCGACGAUACCGAUCUCACAGAUAUGGAUGAUGACGAUCCGUUUUCGUUGAAUCUUGACAGCGACUCGAAAACAAAGGCUUUCUUCGAAAUGGUCGAUGGGACAGAUUUCACCGGACUACUGGAUAUUCCAGAUGAGGAUUUGGAGGCGGGCACAAAUAGUGCAAACGACGAGAUUUUGCCGGAUGACAGCCUUGGCGACUUCAAUAUCGCGACCGAUAUUUCGGACCUAGAUGAUCAGUUUUUGAACCUUUUCGAUGACGAUGAAGCGGAUCCGAAGGAGCAGAAGAAGCCGGUAGUGGUUGAGACGCCUGUUUUGGAAAAGACACUUGACCCCGAUUCCGAUCUGGACGAGCUAUCCGAUGACGACAUCGAUGACGACGACGAUUUCCCAGACCAUUCGGCUGAAAUUCUAAUUAAACUGGGAUUCCCGGAUUUUGCUGAUAUGACCGAAGAGCAAUUCCUGGAAUACUCCGAUAAGAUGGUGGGCGAGCUAAGGAAUAAUCCUUCUAAAGGACAACUCCCGAUCGCGGCGUACCAGCAAGCUCAAAUGGCUGCCCAUCAACAGCAGCUAAUGCAUAAUGCACAGCGAAAUGCUGCAGGAGUGCAGGGUGGAUUGUCAAAUGAACCAAAUCUCCGAAGACUACUUGAGCAACCAAUUACGGAUCCUAAAAGCGUGCAACAACAAAUCUUCCACACGGCUCAGGGGCAAAUUGUUCAAGUCAUCCACAUGGACGCGGCCACCUAUGCUGCAGCUCAACGCAUGCCACUUGACAAUCAUUCACGCUAUAUGCUUGAGCAACAUCGCAUCAAGUGGAAGGAGCGUCGCUUAGAGAAGAAGACUCAUUUCUUGAAGCGUAGCGUCAAGGUCUUGGUAUAUAAAAACGGCGCUCUAUCCGAUGAGGUUGGCCGUUUGGGCCAUAGAAUUGUCGUGGUCACAACCGAGAGACGCGAUCUGGCAAAAAGACUGCAGCACCUGGAGAAAAAUUAUCUCCGCCGCCUCACCACGGCCAAAAAGAAGAAGGAGAUUGCACGGGCCCAGAAGAAUCUCAUCCCAUUUGCUCCGGAGGGCCAGCGAGAGCAGUAUAUAGAAUCGGCCAGGCUAGCGCAGUUGGAAGCUCGAAGUGCUACUGAAGCGGCAAAGAAGGUGCGCCGCGACUUGACGGCAAUGGCGACCACAAUGAUCCCGGUGCUACGCGCCGAAAUUGAGGCCGACGAGCGAGAUGCGAGAGCCGGCGAUCAUCUCAAACAUCCAAGGCCACCUCGUAUCUACAAACCCAGACCGAAUCGCAAGCAACAACCGCGCAAAAAGAAGAAGCGCUCCAAGGACGGCGUCGACCAAAAGCUGAGCGAAGAAUACAUCAGCCAAGAAGUCAGUGCACUCCUCAGUGGAAUCAAGGCCGACCAGGAGAUACGUGAACAAGGACGGCUUGCUCAGGCUCAAGCCGCUCGUCAAGCCCACGCCGUCGUGCAUCGCAUCGUUCAUGCUGACCCACAGCAGAAAAUGCCGAUGCCAAGCCCGAAUGAGAAUCCCAUGACGUAUACUCAACCAAAUACAGUCAAUCCUCAGACGGGGAGCAACACCUUCCAAGGCCCUUACACACCCUUUGCCCAGGGCGCAUUCGAAGGAGCACCGAUGGUCGAAGAAAUUAUUCAACCAACGUUUCAAGGCGGAUAUCGACAGAUUCAGAUCCAAGCCCAGCAAAAUAAUCAACAAAACUUCGUCCAGACAACCUUUGUCCAAGAGAACUUCCAGCAAAUUCAACAUCAUGCUCAAAUGGCCCCGAGGAAGAAGCGGGCUCCGAAGCAGCCGGCUGCUCGACCGGAACCUAAGGUUUCGCCACAAAAAGAAGACAUCCCCUACAAACAACUCGCCCAACAGAUGCUUCAACAGUUUGGUACCCAUCCGAAAACUGAAACCAAAAUGGGUGCUGGGGAGGCGGAGCCACAGCGAACCAUCAUCAACUAUAAGAUGCUUGGUGAAGUCAAGACCCCAACCAAGCAAGCUGAGCCUCCGAUUAUCAAGCUGACACCUGUCUCGGAACCUGCAGCAGCCAUCCCAUCAUUAAAAGUGGAAGUGGAAGACGAUGAUCUCCCGGAGAUGAAGCCGAAAAUCUCGCCGAAGUCGUCUAAAAAGGAGCAGCAGUCAGCAAAUUCGGCCAAGAACAGCCUGAGACCUACUCUGACGCCAGAAAAGCAGCGGCUAUCGCGUGAGGAACGGGCCAAAGCCAGAAGAAGUGCCGAGGAAGACGUGAAAAGAGCCAAUCUUCCGAGUCCACCACCAAAAGCGUCACCGACAAAAAAGAGCGAGCCGGCCACCGACUUUGCCAACAUCACCCCGGAAAUUCCGAAAGAAGCUGAACAGCGCAGUCUCCGCAAACGCCGCAUUCCGCUAACUCCUGAAAACCUGGAAACUCCGGUAAAACGCCGUGGACGCACCCGAGGUACCUCUAUCGGCUCGGUCGCAAGCAAUGAACCGGAAUUGAUGUUCCUCGAUGAUGAGAGCAACAGCAACAUGGACAUCAAAUCCGAGUCAUCGCGCUCUUUCCGCAGCACUCCCGCGCCAGCCACUCCCGAUCUUCUCGAAGAGAAAGUGAAAAAGCGUCGCGGUCGACCGCCGCGUCGUGCGAUGGAUGAUGAAAAAUCGGCUACUCCGGUGCCGGUAGCCCAGCCCGAACCCGUAGCGGAACCACCGAAAGAAAGUGGACGUUCGCUGCGCCUGCGUGAGCGCAAGAUUGAGCCUGCCGUCGUUCCUCCUCCGCGAGCGACGCGCCCUGAAAGGGCUGCCAAGCGCAAAUCU